AUGAGAAUUCACUCGGGUGAGAAACCCUUCAAAUGUUCUGAGUGUCCAUAUGCUGCAAACCAAGCAAGUAAUCUUUCUAGACAUUUGAGAAGUCACUCUGGAGAGAAACCCUUCAAGUGUUCUGAGUGUUCAUAUGCUACAAGACGAGCAGGAGAUCUUACGAAGCAUAUGAGAAGUCACUCAGGUGAGAAAGCCUUCAAGUGUUCUGAGUGUUCAUAUGCUGCAAGACGAGCAGGUCAUCUUUCUAGACAUUUGAGAAUUCACUCAGGUGAGAAACCCUUCAAGUGUUCUGAGUGUUCAUAUGCUACAAGAUUAGCAGGCGAUCUUACGAAGCAUAUGAGAACUCACUCUGGAGAGAAACCCUUCAAGUGUUCUGAGUGUUCAUAUGCUACAAGACGAGCAAGCGAUCUUAGAAAUCAUAUGAGAAUUCACUCAGGUGAGAAACCCUUCAAAUGUUCUGAGUGUCCAUAUGCUGCAAACCAAGCAAGUAAUCUUUCUAGACAUUUGAGAAGUCACUCAGGUGAGAAACUCUUCAAAUGUUCAGAGUGUUCAUUUGCUACAAGACACGCAAAUUAUCUCUCUGUACAUAUGAGAAUUCACACAGGUGAGAAACCCUUCAAAUGUUCUGAGUGUUCAUUUGCUGCAAGACGAGCAGGUCAUCUUACUGAACAUAUGAGAAUUCACUCAGGUGAGAAACCCUUCAAGUGUUCUGAGUGUUCAUUUGCUGCAAGAAUAGCAGGUCAUCUUACAAAGCAUAUGAGAAUUCACUCAGGCGAGAAACCCUUCAAGUGUUCUGAGUGUUUAUUUGCUACAAAACAAGCAAAUAAUCUUUCUGUACAUAUGAGAAUUCACUCAGGUGAGAAAGCCUUCAAAUGUUCUGAGUGUUCAUUUGCUGCAAGACACGCAAAUAAUCUUUCUGUACAUAUGAGAACUCACUCUGGAGAGAAACCCUUCAAGUGUUCUGAGUGUUCAUAUGCUACAAGACGAGCAAGUAAUCUUACUAGACAUUUGAGAAUUCAUACUACUUAG